AUGUUCUUAGAUGAAUGUGCAUUCAUGAAUGAGAUGGAUGGAGAGCUUGGGUUUGGUGGGGUGAUUCAUCGGCGACGGUCGGCGCUUCGGCUAUCGCUCGCGGAAGUGGCGCGGCGUGCGGGAUGUGCGAAGUCCUACUUGUCAGCGAUCGAGAAUGGGGUGAAGGGCGCGCCGGGCGAAGAGCUCGCGGCGCGAUUGGAACGCGUGUUGUCGUUUCGUGAUGGUGAGCUCGUGGAGAUGGCGCUCUGGGCGCGGACACCCGCAUCCGUGCGGGCGGAUGUUGAGGAACUCAGGGCACGCGAUGCGGCGGGGCGGGAGCUCGCAAAGGCGCUGAUGCGUGACGGGAUUGACGCGGCGCACAGAUCGGGGAAGCUCGCGGAGUUGAUCGCGGCGCUUGAGGGUGAUUCUGUUGGAGUUGUUGAUGAUGGUGAGAAGGCGGGGGUUGAGCGUGUGGAGCUUCCGAUGGAGAUCCCGCUGAUAAACAAAGUUACAGCGGGGUAUCCGGGGUCGUUCACGGAUCUUGGGUAUCCGGCGCGGGUCGCGGAUGAGUAUGUGCGCGCUCCGGAUGUGCAUGAUCCCGAUGCGUUCGCGGCGCGGGUGGUGGGGGAUUCGAUGGAGCCGAUGUAUCGCGAGGGGGACAUCGUGGUGUUCUCUCCCGCGAAGGUGGUCGAGAGCGGGAUGGACUGCUUUGUGCGUCUUGAACCAGAUCACGAGACGACCUUCAAGCGUGUGUACUUCGAGGAGGAUGAGUCGGGGCGCGAGGUGAUCCGGAUACAGCCGAUGAACAGCGCGUAUGGACCUAUGGUGGUGGAGCGGGAGCGCGUGGUCGGCGUUGGUGGCGGCGUUGAGGUCUCCGAUGGAGAUCAUGCCGAGGAGCUGGUUGUCGUUGUUGAUGACGGGGAUGUGUCGGAUUUUGCAAUCGGACAUGAGGUGGCGUGCUUCGGUGAGCGAGGUUUCCGGGGUGCAGUGGAUGACUUCUUUGGUCAUUGCUUUGGAGACUUGGGUCUUUGCGGGAUCGAGUUGUUGGGUGACGACGCGGGUGAGGAUGUCGCGUUCGGUGAUGAUGCCUGCGAUGUUGUUGAGGGUGUCGAGGACGAUGAGUGA